UCAAACUAACAAAGCUUAGCUAAGCCAUGGAUAGUCUGCAACAACUGAAACACAAAUGCAUCACUACUCUCAAAACUCCAACACCACAAAUCAACUGUUUGGCAGUUCACAACAGCCUCCUUUAUGCAGCUUCAGUCAAUGAAAUCAAUGUCUUCGAUUUAUCAAACUAUACCCACAUCAAUACAUUCACUACAAACAGCCCAACUUCUGGUUCCAUCAAAUCCAUAGCUUUCCACAAUACAAAAGUCUUCACAGCUCAUCAAGACUGCAAGAUUAGAGUCUGGCAAGUCUCUCAUUCAUCAUCCAAAGAACUUCACCUUGUACACACUCUCCCCACUGUAAAAGAUAGGUUAUGCAAUUUCUUGCUGCCACAAAACUACGUUAAUGUAAGACGUCACAAGAAACGGCUCUGGAUUGAACAUUGGGAUACAGUUUCUGGGUUAGCUAUGCAUGGAGGGUUGAUGUAUUCAGUUUCUUGGGAUAAGAGUCUUAAGAUAUGGGAUGUUAAUAAUAAUCGUUGUUUAGAGUCAGUAUUAGCUCAUCAAGAUGCUGUUAAUACGGUAGCUAUAUCUGAUAAGGGAACUGUUUAUACAGGUUCUGCUGAUGGGUUGAUUAGGGUAUGGAAGAAAGUUGGCAGGCAAAGAAAGCAUAGCUUGGUUACUACUUUAGAGAAGCAUAAAUCAACAGUGAAUGCACUUGCAUUGAAUGGUGAUGGAUCAGUGCUGUUCUCUGGUGGCUGUGACCGUUCGAUCAUGGUGUGGGAGAGGAAGGAGGAUGUUGAUGAACAUGGUAAUGAACAUAACCAGAUGGUGUUUGUGGAGGCAUUGUGUGGUCAUGCGGGGGCUAUAUUGUGCUUGAUGAAUGUAGGUUAUUUGAUAGUAAGUGGAUCAUCAGAUCAGACGGUGAGGGUUUGGCAACAAUAUGGGAAAAAGAAUGGGUAUUGUUGCAUGGUGGUUUUGGAGGGGCAUGAAAGGCCAGUUAAGUCACUGGUAGCAGCCUCUAAUAAUGGCUUAUCCUUGUCGAUUUGCAGCGGAAGCUUGGAUGGAGAAAUCAAAGUAUGGGAGAUCUCAGCUCAAACAUGACUUAAAAAGAGGUAGAGAUGUUAAUUUGUUGGUUAGUACUCUAACUUGGUAGAAGUGAAUACAAAAUUAAGAGAGAAAAAGAAGGAUUAAUUGUCUAUUUGAUUAGUUCAUUA